CCGUCAUUGGAAGAAUGAACUCUUAUUUAGAAUAUAUCCCGGGUGCAGAUAUUCUGUCGUUUUCUCCAAAGUUCUACGGCAGCGAUUCCUCAUGUGUCCCGUUGAAGCAGUGCUCCGGAGAAGGUCGGUAUGGAGCAAUUGGACGGGAAGGUAAUUCAUCUCUCAGCCAUCGUCACCUCAAUCAUCUCCAUCAAGCCGUGCCUGCUAGUCUCGAACUUAACUACCACCACAACUCCUCUCCAACUGCCGAUGUUAACAUCUUUGCUCAAAGUCACCAGGGCUGUGACUUUCCCUACGCUGAUCACCAAGAGCUGGAUGACACUGGUGGACUUUUCUCAUACACCACCUCUGUUUACUCAGGAGGCACCUCUUUGCCGUUCAAUGCGAGCCGGCAUGAGUACAGUGUAUUUGGUGAUCAGGAGGAGGAACAAUAUCAAACCUAUGGCAAAGAGUUCCCAAACUUUUACUCCGGGCAAUACCAGAGUCUAUCCCCUUCUCAGGACCUUUACCAAAGUCCGGAGUCUCCCACAACCGUAAGAAUCCCCACAGCGAACACCUUCGAGUGGAUGAAAGUGAAGAGAAAUCCUCCCAAAACAGUCAAACCAACUGACCAGGGAGUCGUCAGCCCCCUCAACAAUGUACGCACAAAUUUCACCACCAAACAACUGACAGAAUUGGAGAAAGAAUUCCACUUCAAUAAAUACUUAACGCGGGCCAGACGUGUGGAAAUAGCGAACGCUCUGCAGCUUAGUGAAACUCAGGUGAAAAUAUGGUUCCAGAACAGAAGAAUGAAACAAAAGAAGAGAGAAAGAGAAGGCCUCCUCGGCAGUCUAGUCUGCUUGGGCGGUAGUCAGGACUCACCGCUCAUAGAAACUUCUGAAAAAUCGGACACUUGCUCACCAUUGCCAUCCCCACCAACAAAGAGCAUGUCAGAAACUCCCAACCUCGCUGAAUUGAAAUAAUUGUAGCAAAAAAAAAAGUAAGACUUGGUUUUGAAGCCACGUAAUUUACACAAAGUAUCUGCCUCAAUGUAUUGGAAUCACUUAGCACAUGACAACGUUUUUCACAUUUAUUGUAUAGCUGCCAGAAGGGGAAGCGUUUGUAUAUAUUGGUUUGAAAUGAUUUUAAAUGCUCUAGUUAUUCAAUUGGGCACCAUGAGGUUUGCUCAGUAUUUUCACUUUGAUCUGCAAUGUACAUCAACGUGUACUAUUACAAGUUAGGAGCAAUUGUGAAAUCAUAUGUAUAAUUCUACUUGUGGUAGUAGAACGUUCUUUACUCGUUUACACAAGCAGCAGGUCAGCUGUUGUAAGUGAAGUCUGACCGUGUGAGGCUGCUACAGAUUUACUGGUGUACUCUAUAUACUUACUUGCUGAGAUUGUUACUUUUGUGAAGUAAAUUGUUUACAUGUAUGUUUUUUUAUUGAUUUAUGUGUGAUGACAAUGAGAAUGUAACCUAGCAUGUUGGACACAGCUCCUCAAUCAAUGGAAUUUGCACAAUUUAUGCCUCAGGUUAAAAGGUGUGGUUGCUGCUAUGUAACACUAUGCCUUCUCGAGUGAAUAUACUGCAUAGCCACUCUACCUCGGUUAUACCACUGUAAAUUAAAAAAAAGUUGAAGAUCAGGUUGUAUUCUGCUUCACUAUGUGCAACGACUGUGAUUUUUAAUCUGUGAUAAGUAAUCAUUUGUCAGCUUUAGUAACUAUUAUUAUACAAAACAAUAAUCAGAACUAAGAGCAUUAAAAACAACAUGAGC